UAUAUCCAAAUGGACUUUAUAUUUUAGUAGUGUUUUAAAAUUUACACAUUUUAAAAAAGAUGUUAUUAUGUUGGCAAAUUCAUGUUUAAGUCUUUACUCCAAAGUACUAUUGAUUUAAUUGCUCGAGUCAGCAAAUAGAAUGUGAGUGCGAUGUUUUCUCCAAUUCUUCAUGAUCUGAAUGACAUGAUGGUUGAACCAAUGUGCAUUGGUUAGCUAUUCAAAUAUUUUUCAUUUUUUUUCCUUGGUUAUUAUUUUUGAUAUGCUAGAUCGUAUUUGUCUUGUCCUAAUUUAAAUUGUACAAAACUCGUUUUAGAGGAGAUUAAACUCAUUAUUUCCUUAAUUUGUACAUUACUUUGGCGUUUUCCCAGGAUAAAUUCAACUUGGAAAUUUUGAAAUUGGAUGACGGCGAUGCCAUGAAUGAGACAUGUGGCGGACCGUCAGCAGAAUUCUGUUGCAACCUAAAAGAGCUGUGGUUGUACGGAAACGGUGAAAUUCCAAAUGUAGAGGCUCCAAUUGCAAGAGCAGGAGUAUCAGAUUUUCGCAGAUUAAAGAAUAUUGUGCCAUUCUCAUCCACAUCUUUCCACUACUUAAAGACAUUGAGAGUAUACGGAUCUGAUGUAUUGAUUAGUUUAUUAACUCCCUCAACAGCCAGAACUCUCGUGCAACUCCAAUGGAUUGACAUUAUGGAUUGCGAAAGAAUGACAGAAAUAGUUGCAAAUGAGGGAAGUGAAGCAGAAGCAGGAGAUGAGAUCGCUUUCAAUAAUUUGAAAUAUCUGGAAUUUUAUAACUUGCCGAGUCUCACAGCCUUCCAUUUGGGGAAUCGCACCAUCAAAUUCCCAUCAUUGGUUAAAGUAGUGGUGCAGAAGUGUCCUAAAUUGAAGAUUUUCUGUAGUGGAGUCUUAAGCACGCCAAAGCUAGAAUGGGUAUUCAUGGAAGAAUAUCGAAGAGUCAAAAAGGAGGGGGAUGGAGAUAGAGAUCUUAACGCUAGAAUAAAAGAGUAUUGGGAGGCUAAAUUGGAGACUUGCGACCAAACGUUCGCUGAAAAGACUGAUGCUAGUGACGCUGAGGAGAGUGAACAUGACGCUAAUGAUGACUUGGAGAGAGAAACUACUAGUGAAGUUGGGGACACACAAUGUGAUGGAGAAUGAUGACUAGGGAGCAACUCAAAAGAAGAUGGAUCUUCCCUUUUAUUGAUUGUUUUAUUUCUGAGUGUUGUCUUUAUGUGAUUUAUUUAUUUUUGAAACCUAUGUGAUUGUUACAAUAUAUUAUUUAUUUUCGAAACCUAUGUGAUUGUUACACCAUAUAACUUUGUUGUAAUUCUAGACUACUUAGUACUCCUUCCGUAUUUGUAACCAUGAAUUUGUAAACUAUUAACCUAGUUAUUAGGAGGGAGGAAAAUAUGACUAAGACUCUUAAAUGCAUGUUUGUUUGGUGUCUA